AUGGCCACUGUUAGCCGCGCGCUACCCCUCAUCAGUCCGCGGGACUAUGAUGCUGCUAUGAAAUCCUUUCACGCAAAUCCUAACCUGAGAGACAGCUCAUGUGCUUUUAUGGUGAUUAUCGGAGAAGACGCCGAAGAGAAGGCGUUGGCGCUUGAUGGAAGUGACGCGGGAGGAUGGAAUGUCUCUGUGGUUAAGGCUGGAAAGAAAGAGGAAACUCGUGAAGAAGUUGAAGCUUUCUUGGCCGUGCUUAAUGACAAGAACCGUCGCUUUGGCAUCUCCGUUACGGGAUUUGACACUUCGCUUUCUGUGGAUGAUCUCAAGGCUGCUUUGAGACGAGAGUUCGCUUCAUGUGGAGAGAUUCUACAUGUUUAUAUUCCCAGGUACCGCAGCAUAGGUUAUGUGUAUUUUUCCGGAGAAGAAGCACUAGCUAGGGCGUUGGAUCUUCAUGGACCAGGAUCUAGAUGUACACUGUUCCGAAGGCGGCCACAGGCACAAGCUAGAGCGGUGGACAGUGCUGGAUGGGAUCUGCUUGCUCUACCCAUACCCUGUAAUAAAAUCUCUACUUCUGGUUCUGGUGGUAUGGGCUACACUAUCCCACCGCAUGUUGUUGAGUGGACGACUAGCCAAAGGAAGGGGUACUAA